UUUACAUUGCAGUAGGUACCUCUUCUGCUAUUGACACAUGCGUAACAGAAUCGAUCAGCUGAUUUUAUUCUAUCCUCUAAAUGUGGAGUAACCUUAGCAUUGCCUUUAACUGUCAACCAAGCGGAUCGUGCAUAAAUUUGACAGAAUUGUAAUUACUAAUUGACGUCGAUAGUAGAAAUACUGUGCAACUGGUUCUAUUCAAGGGUUCGUAAAAUUUAUAGGCUCACACAGCAUUCAAUUGACAUAUUUAAUUUGAAAUAAAUCUAAUACAUGAUAAUGUGAAUCUGGCACAAUGAGGGUUCUAAGUCUGUGUCUGCUUACGAUAUCCUUAGCUGUAGUCCAUUGCAGUGAUAUUACACCAGCUGUCUUUGGUAGUGUAUUGGAUGGGUUACCUGCAGCUUUUGGUGAUUUUGACUCUGAUGAACUCACAGAUGUCUUUGUGAUUCAUAAUGAUAAAAAAACUGUGGAAAUCUUACUUGGUGCUGACCAAGAACCUUUGUUACGUCCUGGACAAAACUUGAGCUGCACCUUUGAUUAUCCAAUAGUCAGUGUGGUUCCUGGAGAUUUUGAUGGAGAUGUUUUUAUGGAUGUUCUGAUCAUACUGUUAGUGGAUCGAUACAAUCACAUGUACAAUUCAUAUAUUUUAUGGGGUGGAAAUGGCCAGCUGAACUGCAGUGAUACAUUAAAUCUAUCGAUUGAAAUGCAUGGUCAACCAUUGGCCAUAGAUUAUAAUCAGGAUAUGAUCAUAGACCUUUUUGGCAUGGAUAAGGAUAACGUCCGCACAUUCUGGGUGUUUAAUGCCAAUAGAACUAUACCAAUGGCUAUACGGAUGAAUGUCACAGACUCUCAUACAUCUAAUAGAGAGCUUCCACAUAUAAGGUCUCCACACUCUAAUGCAUUUCUGGAUCUAAAUGGUGACUUCAUGCCUGAUCUCUUCAUUACAACUGAUAAAAAUUUUGAAAUCUGGCAUGGCAAUAACGAAGGUUUUGUUUAUCAAAGUACAAUAGAUCUUCCAUAUAAUCUAUCGUAUGUAGAAUUCUCAGGGCAAAUUGGUCAGUCCUUAUAUUUGGAUGUAGAACUAACAGGAAAAAUGGAUUUAAUUUUGCCAUUGUGCUUCGACAAACUCUGUACAAACAGUACUAUCAUGAUAUACACCAGCGAUGGUUGGCAUAAUUUGCCAAUAAACUUUCGGGAUAAUGAAAACUCCUUAUGGGGUUUCAUUCCCGGAAAUGGCCAACCUUAUACUGAUACAAUAACGUUACGAGGUGGAGAUUUUAACAUGGAUGGAUAUCCAGAUUUACUGGCUACCUUAUGCUCCAAUCAGCGGAAGACGUCUUUUCUAUUAUUAAACGUACCAUGUAGUAUUUGUGGAACGUUCAACAGAACAUUCGAGGUUCGCUGGAAUGCUUUGAAUCCAUUUUACAACGCAACGGUAAUGGCAACCUUCUACGAUUUCUACCAGGAUGGUAUUCUUGACGUGAUACUUGUAGGAUUGGACAAGAAUACCGAGAAAUAUCGUAUGAUGGCAUUUAAAAACAGUUUAGAUUAUGAUGCUAAUUUUGUGAAGGUGAUGGUUCUCACGGGACUCACGAACAGUAUGUAUCCCAUAUCACCAGGUACUUUAGGCCGUAAAAAACGGACUUAUGGUACCAAUUUACCUGGACCUUCCAUCGCUUAUAAAACUACUACUCAGAAUGGUAACCCACGUAGCGCAAUCGCAGCGCAAUUACCGCAAAGCGCUCAUUUUUCAUUAAAUCUACCAUUUACAACAUUUGGCUUGGGUAGAACACCAAAUUUUGUUGACACUCUUACAAUUGGAGUUAGUGGAAAAUCCCGAGAGUGGCCCCAAAUCAUUCCUAACUCCCAAAUGGUAGUGAUUCCUAAUCCAAUAGGAGAACCAUCAAAAUGGAAAGCACAGCUUUUUGUGACACCCAGUAAAUUAAUCUUAUUAAGCGUGGCCGCGCUGACUGGAACGUGUGGUUUAAUAUCUGCCAUUAUCAUGGGUCUUUAUUGGAAGGAGAGGCGAGAGGAUAAAAUUGAAAAAUUGCAGGAGGCACACAGAUUUCAUUUCGAUGCGAUGUAGAUCUAGGAAUUUAGGAUACACUAUUGUGAUUAAUAAUAUUUCAUUAAUAAAAUCCGUCUAUAAACCA